CAAAAUCUUCCCAAGUAAAAAAACAAUGGGCAUUCUGUCAAAACCAACAAAGUUUUCAUUUCAAUUCCCCUAUAAACCCCAUUAAAUCCCCAUAAUCUAUUCCCUGCCCUUAAACUCUGAACAUCAAUUCAAUCAUCUUCUUCAAGUCUUCAACCAUUUAUAUUCAUCACCAUCAUGAUACACACCCUUCUUCUUCUUUUCCUCCUUCCUCUAAUGGCAAGCUCUGACAUUCAUGACCUUCUGAAGAGCAAUGGGCUUCCCGCCGGCCUCUUCCCGAAGAACGCCGUGAGGUCCUAUGACGUUGACGGCGAUGGGCGGCUGCAGGUUUUCUUUGAAAGGCCGUGUUUGGCCAAGUAUGAGACAAGGGUGUUUUUUGACAGAGUGGUCAGAGCAAAUCUGAGCUAUGGUGGGCUGAUUGGGCUGGAGGGUCUGUCUCAGGAAGAGCUUUUCCUGUGGUUGCCGGUGAAAGACAUCAUCGUCUAUGACCCUUCUUCUGGUCUCAUCUUGUUCGACAUUGGCGUCGCUUACAAGCAGAUGUCUCUUUCUCUCUUUGAAGAACCUCCUCUUUGUAUUCCUCAAGGUGUGCUGAUGGAGGAGGGUGGGAAGGAAGAGUCAAGGUUUCAGAUUGAAAGACAUGAAACGUACCUUCUAUCUACAGAUUGAUAUGAAGAUUAUAAUGCAGUUUUCUUGGAUUCAAUUAAAUAGCAUUGGAUAUUGACGGUAAAAGUUGCCAAAAGAAAUUGAGGCUAUGAUCGUCGCGCGCUAAGUUAGAUUAUAAUUUAGUUUAAUUUACUCUAGCUUUUUGUUUUAAAGAAAGCUUUUUAACUAAGUUGUCUUUGAAUUGGUUGACGAACAUAUGAUAUGAUAUGAUAUAAUAGGAGUAAUAUAAUAUAAUCUUGAACUCUUUAUAUAAGUUUUUUUGGGUACAUAUAUU